AUGGCUCACACCACAAACCCGAUGCCGGACCUGCCGCCGCCGCCGCCCGUGUCCCGACGCACCAUCCCCGUGGCCGGUCUGCUGGUCGACUUUUACGGCCUCGACGAGCUGCCGGCAGACACCGAGUCCGUCUCGGUGCUGUGGCUGCACCACCCGCGGCUGCGGUCGCGCGAGGACAUGGCCGACAUUGGCGCGCGGUGCGUGCAGGUGGUGGCCGAUGAGAGCGCCACGACGCGCACGAAACACCGCCUGGUCGCGGCCGCGUUCGACCAGCGCAACCACGGUUCGCGGCUGGUGUCGCCGCGGGCGAACGCGGCGUGGCGCGAGGGCAACACGACGCACGCCCAGGACAUGUUUGGGAUGAUUGCCGGGACGGUCUCGGACACGCACCUGCUGAUUGACCUGGUGGACGGGUACCAUCACCACGACGGACACGACGGCCGGGGACAGGUGAAGGCAGGGCCGGGGAGCGAGCCCGCGCAAAAGAAGGGCCACGCCGCCUCGGACGAGAGAGACGCCGCCUAUGCAAGCGGCAUUCUGCCGGCCCACGUGGCGGUGACGCAGCAUGUGGUGCUGGGCGUGUCGCUCGGCGGGCACAGCGGGUGGCAGCUGCUGUUUGCCGACGAACGCGUCACGGCGGGUGUCCUCAUUAUCGGGUGCCCAGACUAUAUUGAUCUCAUGGUCGAGCGCGCCCGCCUUUCCAAGCUGGCCACGUACAAGGCCGCUGCCGAGGGCGGCCCGCCGUUCUUGGGCAGCCGCGAUUUCCCUGCGGCACUCGUUGGCUCCGUCCUCAAGCGCGACCCCAAGGGUAUUGUAUUCGGCACCAACGCGGCCGUGUGGCCGUCGACGGCCGACGGCGAAAAGGCCGUGCACGACACCUUGCAGAAGCACGUCGUCGGCAAGCGGUUCCUCGUGUGCUCAGGCGGCGCGGACAAGCUGGUGCCGUACAAGAACGGCAAGCCGUUUUUGGACGUGUUUAAGAAGGCGGCGGCGACGUGGCCGGACCUGAGGCUGUCGGUGACAGACAAGAUAUACGAUGGUAUUGGACACCAGUUCAGCUCGGACAUGGUCGUGGACGCCAUCCAGUUUGUCGUGGAGACGGUGGCGGACGCGCCGGCUGCAGAUGGCGGUCAGAGUCCAAAGACGUCAAAGAUAUAA